AUGGGCUUCACACAAACUUCUACUCGCCCCUAUUUGAUGGGCGACCUCACUGCAGACUCUCGACCUCAAAUGCUUCAAGAGCGUUCGAAACGCAAAUCAGACUUAGAUACACCGGAUGAAUCACUCCCUCCCAGAUUCAAGCGGCGUACCCUCGCCCGAUCCUAUGCGAUAUCUGACCUCGCAGCAGACUCCCAACCUCCGAAACGCAAACCAGACUCAGAUUCACCAGAUGAUUCCCUCCCUCCCAGUUUCAAGCGGUGUACCCUUACCCGAUCCUAUGUGAUUUCUGACCUCGCAGCAGACUCCCGACCUAAAUUGCUUCAAAGCUCAAAACGCAAACCAGACUCAGAUUCACCAGAUGAUUCCUUCCCUCCCAGUUUCAAGCAGCGUACCCUCGCCCGUUCGAUUGACAUCACCUGUACUGUCACCCGCCCCAGUGCGAUUUCUAACCACGCAGUUCAGACAAGACCUGCAGUGUACUACAGUGCAGACCCUGUCCCCCUGCACGUCUCCCUUCCAGCUGACUUCGCUGGAUGCGGCACACCGACUUCAUGUUGGCCCUUUCCAAAUGAGCUGAUAUUGAUGAUCUUCGAACAACUGCCUGUUAUAUUUUCAUUCCAUGGGCCUCCACGUCGAGCAGAUGUGGCUGCGAGUGACCGUAACUUGACAGCCCUCAAGGUCUUCUUGGAGGCGUUGAGAGGUAGAGUCGAUCUGGCGUCUCUUUUCCACCUCAUCAAGGACCUUGGUUGCUCUAGUUUUCGAUAUUCAAGCAUCCAAGCAGAGUACCCUUGUACAAUGGUAGCCAAUCUUGUUCCCCAAUCAGACCCAGGCGAAAAUUCCCCAAUCACCGAUCUCUCACUCACCCAUGUAGCCUUGAGUGGCAUCCAGUGGGCCACACUGCUGCAAAACGUUCACCUUCCGCUACUUCAUAUGUUGAGCGUCGACGUAGAGUGUCCCACCGCUGCUCUAGGCGUUCUUGGUGGUCCACCUUGGUACCUUCUUGCCCUCCUAGAAAAAGUUCAUCCAGCGCACUCCAUCCGACACCUGAGCGUACGGUUUGAGGAAGAUUCGACCACGUUCAAUCCUAAUUACUUGUCCGCCAUUCUGGACAUUACUCGACACUUUACCGUCAUCCAGGAGCUGCAGUUAAACUUCUAUGGUGUUGCUCAUCCCUCCGACCACUUUGACGUCCUGGUUGAUGAAUGCCGCACUGUGCCUGUAAAAAAUCUAGCGAUUUCUACGCAUUGCGGAGAUGAUAUCUUUGCUGCAAAAUGUUGA